ACCGCCUCUCCUUCUGCAGCGCUCACCGUUACGCGCCGGAGUAAAACUAUAUCAUUUAGUUUGCGCGACAAGUUGCUAAAGGCUGGAGAUAAUUUUAUCUUUUCGCGGGCAGAACUUUGCACUUUAUAAAAUGUGCCAGCGUUGAUUUUUUUUAACCUCUUCAAGGUUUUUUCUUCUUGUAAAGAAGAAUAACAGGAAGGGAAAAAAAUCCAUGAUAUAUCUGUGAUCCUUUACGCAUCACAGAUACAUAAAAGAGUUGAUGGUGCGUUAUUUUAGGUGACUGCCUGCUGUAAAGCUGCGGAAAUGGACGGAGCAAAAAAAGAUGCUCCGCCGGUGGGCGAUGUGGGCAAAUCGGACACCCUGGGGUCAACAGGCUCGGCCAGAAAAAGGGGCGGGGGGGCCAAGAAGGCCAUGCAGGCCAACAAGUCUGCCCUGAGGGCCCCCAGAGCGCUCUGCUGCCUCACRCUGAGCAACCCAAUCCGCAUGGCAGCGCUGGCCCUGGUGGAGUGGAAGCCUUUUGAUAUCUUCAUUCUUUUAGCUAUUUUUGCCAACUGUGUGGCCAUGGGGGUCACAAAGCCAUAUCCAGAUGAUGAUUCCAACCCCACCAACCAUCAGCUGGAACAAGUCGAAUACGUCUUCCUCGUCAUCUUCACCAUCGAGACCUUCACCAAGAUCCUUGCCUACGGUUUAGUGAUGCACCCCAGCGCCUACAUACGCAGCGGUUGGAACCUGCUGGAUUUYAUUAUCGUCAUUGUCGGGUUGUUCAGUGUGAUAGCAGAGGGAAUGACAGACCAUAAGCCGGGCGAGGCCCACCAUGCUGCAGGAAAACCCGGAGGCCUGGAUGUUAAAGCUCUCAGAGCUUUCAGGGUGCUGCGACCUCUUCGGCUCGUAUCCGGCGUGCCGAGUUUGCAGAUUGUGUUGAACUCCAUCAUGAAGGCCAUGGUCCCACUGCUCCACAUCGGCAUGCUCGUCAUGUUCGUCAUCAUAAUCUAYGCCAUCAUCGGCUUGGAGCUUUUCCUCGGCAGGAUGCACAAGACCUGCUUCGACACCAGCACGGGCCUCAUGGUGGAGGAUGAUCCGUCGCCGUGUGCUUUUGCGGGAGUCGGACGUUUUUGUGUCACCAAUGGCACCGAAUGCAAAGGGAAGUGGGAGGGUCCGAAUGGCGGCAUCACAAACUUUGACAACAUUUUCUUUGCCAUGCUCACAGUUUUCCAGUGCAUCACUAUGGAGGGCUGGACAGACGUUCUCUACUGGAUGAAUGAUGCCAUCGGCUUCGACAUUCCGUGGGUCUACUUUGUAUCUUUAGUCAUUUUCGGAUCAUUUUUCAUCAUCAACCUUGUAUUGGGUGUGUUGAGCGGCGAGUUUUCCAARGARAGAGAGAAGGCUGUUGCGCGUGGAGAGCUGCAGAAAGCUCAGGAGAGCAAGCAGAUGGAGGAGGACAUGAUYGGAUACAUGGACUGGCUCAUAGAAGCCGAGGAUGUGGACGAGGAAGGAAAUAAACGUGCUGCAAUUGCAAAGAAAAAGAUGAUGAAGAAGUUUGGUUGGUACAAACACAGUGAGGACGGAGGAGAGUCGGACUCUGACGAUGAUAUUGCAUAUCUCGACGAUGAUAGUGGCUUCUGUGCUUCACUCAUGGCGAAGAUGAUGGCCAACAGCUUCUGUGACCAGUUGUGCCAGCUGAACCACACAAUGAGAAAAAACUGCCGYGUUGCAGUGAAGACCACGAACUUCUACUGGUUGGUGUUGCUGCUGGUGUUCCUCAACACGGUGGCCAGCGCCUCGGAGCAUUACGGACAGCCAAAAUGGCUCACAGAAAUGCAGGAGCGAGCCAAUAAGAUCCUGCUGCUGCUCUUCACCUURGAGAUGCUGAUGAAGAUGUACGCCUUCGGUCUUCAGAUCUACUUYAUGGCCCUGUUCAACCGCUUCGACUGCUUCGUGGUGUGUGGCGGCAUUCUCGAGACGAUGCUUGURGAGAUGGAUUUCAUCCCACCCAUCGGCAUCUCCGUGCUGCGCUGCAUCCGACUGCUCAGGAUUUUCAAGAUGACCCGGCACUGGGCUGCUCUCUCUGAUCUGGUCACCUCACUGCUCAACUCCAUGAAAGCUAUCUGCUCCCUUCUGCUGCUGCUCUUCCUCUUCCUCAUCAUCUUCGCCCUGCUGGGGAUGCAGCUGUUUGGAGGGAAGUUCAACUUUGACGAGACUCAGAUGAAGAGAAGCACGUUUGACUCCUUCCCCCAGGCACUGUUAACAUGUUUCCAGAUUCUCACCGGAGAGGACUGGAACGCCGUGAUGUAUGACGGCAUCAUGGCGUACGGCGGGCCGAUCUUCCCUAACAUGGUGGUUUGCAUUUAUUUCGUCAUCCUCUUUGUCUGUGGUAACUACAUCCUGCUGAACGUCUUCUUGGCUAUCGCUGUGGAUAACUUGGCAAGCAGCGGUGGAAAGAAAGCAGUAGAGGAGAAAAAGGAAGACGAAGAGGAUUGGGAUGAGGACGAAGAGAAAGAGGAUGAAGAUGCAGGGAACGAAGAGGAUGACUGGCAGGAAAACGAGGAGCUGAGAGCCAUCGAGGGUCUGGAGGGCGUUGCUCCACUGAAGCCCGAGUUCUCCGGCCCCAAAGAGAAGAUUGUGCCGAUUCCUGACGGAAGCUCCUUCUUCAUUCUUGGAAAGAAAAACUGUUUGCGAGUCGCCUGCCACAACCUCAUUCACCACCCCUACUUCACCAACUUCAUCCUCAUCUUCAUCAUCCUCAGCAGCAUCUCGCUGGCUGCUGAGGAUCCCAUCAAAUCCCACUCUUUCAGGAACAUCGUGCUCGGAUACGCCGAUUACGUCUUCACUUCGGUUUUCACGGUGGAGAUCGUCCUGAAGGUAACGGCUGACAGAAUGAAAGUGGAUAAAUCAGAGCUUAAAAACUGCAAGAAGAUUUUUUUCCUAAUCUCGUUUCUUUGCUGCCUCCUUCUCGUCCAGAUGACGGUUUAUGGAGCUUUUCUUCACACCGGCUCUUUCUGCAGGAACGCCUUCAACCUCCUGGACCUGCUGGUCGUCAGUGUGUCGCUCACGUCUUUCUUCUUACAUUCGAGUGCGAUCUCCGUGGUGAAAAUCCUGCGAGUCCUCCGAGUGCUGAGGCCGCUUCGAGCCAUCAACAGAGCCAAAGGGCUGAAGAACGUGGUGCAGUGCGUCUUCGUGGCGAUUCGCACCAUCGGCAACAUCUUGAUCGUCACCACUCUGCUUCAGUUCAUGUUUGCUUGCAUUGGAGUGCAGCUUUUCAAGGGCCGAUUCUACAGCUGCACAGACGAAGCCAAACACACUCCAGACGAGUGCAAGGGAACCUUUGUGGUGUAUAAAGACGGGGAUGUGAACCACCCCAUGGUCAGAGAGAGGAUCUGGGAAAACAGUGACUUUAACUUCGACAACGUGCUGAUGGGAAUGCUGGCUUUGUUCACCGUGUCRACGUUUGAAGGCUGGCCUCAGCUUCUGUACCGGGCCGUGGACGCCAAUGCCAUAAACCGAGGCCCAAUUUACAACUACAGAGUGGAGAUUUCCAUCUUCUUCAUCAUCUACAUCAUCAUCAUCGCCUUCUUCAUGAUGAACAUAUUCGUGGGUUUCGUCAUCAUCACUUUUCGGGAGCAAGGAGAGGCGGAGUUCAAAAACUGCGAACUCAACAAGAAUCAAAGGCAGUGUGUGUAUUACGCCCUGAAAGCUCAGCCAAUAAAGAUUUACAUCCCUAAAAACCCGUCGCAGCUGAAGUUCUGGAGGAUCAUCAACUCCAGCCAGUUUGAAUAUGUCAUGUUUGUGCUGAUUUUGGGAAACACUCUCACUCUGGCAAUUCAGCAUUAUGAGCAGUCGAAGUUGUUCACCUCUGUCAUGGACAUCCUCAACAUGAUCUUCACCGUGGUUUUCACCAUAGAGAUGAUUAUCAAGCUGAUGGCUCUUCGUGCUCAUCAUUACUUCAUCGACCCCUGGAACUCAUUUGACGCUCUGAUCGUUGUCGGCAGCGUCUUGGACAUCGCAGUGUCUGAAUUUAGUGGAGGAGGCGGCCAUGGAGAGGGUGGUGGAAAAGGAGAAAGCGGGAAAGUGUCCAUCACGUUCUUCCGCUUGUUCCGAGUGUUGAGGUUGGUGAAGCUGCUCAGCAAAGGAGAAGGCAUCCGAACUCUUCUCUGGACUUUUGUCAAAUCCCUGCAGGCUUUGCCGUACGUCGGCCUCCUCAUCGCUAUGAUCUUCUUCAUCUACGCUGUGAUCGGCAUGCAGAUGUUUGGGAAAGUAGCCAUCGAUGACAACACAGACAUCAACAGAAAUUGCAACUUCCAGACCUUCUUCAUGGCGGUUCUGGUUCUUUUCAGGUGUGCCACCGGAGAGCAGUGGCAGCAGAUCAUGCUGGGCGCGCUGCCCGGCCGGCGCUGCGACCCGGAGGCCGACGUCGAGCCCGGUGAAGAGUACACCUGCGGGAGUAACCUGGCCUACCUUUACUUCAUCAGCUUCUUCAUGCUCUGCGCUUACCUGAUCAUCAACUUGUUCAUUGCCGUCAUCAUGGACAACUUCGAGUAUCUGACCCGAGACUGGACGGUUCUGGGGACUCACCACCUGGACGAGUUCAAGCGAGUUUGGUCCGACUACGACCCAGAAGCCACAGGUCGCAUCAAGCACAUCGAUGUAGUCACUAUGUUACGCAGGAUUCAGCCUCCUCUCGGCUUCGGAAAGCUCUGUCCUCAUCGCGUUGCUUGCAAGAGGCUGGUGGCCAUGAACGUUCCCCUCCACCCCGACGGGACCGUCACCUUCAACGCCACUCUGUUCGCUCUCGUCCGAACUUCGCUGAAGAUCAAAACUGAAGGUCCCGUCGAUCAGCAGAACGAGGAGCUGAAGAUUAUCAUCAAGAAGCUGUGGAAACACACAAAACCUAAACUCAUCGAUGAAAUCAUCCCGCCCCCUAGAGGCGAUGAGGUGACUUGUGGAAAGUUUUAUGCCAGUUUCCUGAUCCAAGAUUACUUCAAAAAGUACAGAAAGAGGAAAGAGAGGGAAAGAAAAUCCAAGAGGAAGGACAAGGCUGCUGCACUGCAGCUAGGGCUGCGGACGCUGCAGGACCUGGCUCCAGAGAUGCGCCUGGCGAUGGCCUGCGACCUCGAGGAAGAGGAGGCCACUGAGGGCGAGAUGACGGGCGACGAGAUCUUCGACAGCGAGGCGGGGACGUCGGYGAACCCCACGCCCGCCAGCACGCCGAUGCCGCCUCUGGACCUGCUGGUGGAGCAGACGGCGGUGAUCAUGGAGCCCCCGCCCCGGGUCGCAGGCAGGGAGGUGAUCACCACGCAGGUGGAGGCCGUACAGGAACACCUGAGGCCCGGAUCGGAGCUGGCCGGACUGAGAGUCGUGACUGAGCAGCCCGCAAGAUCCGAACCGCUUCCCGUCAGCGAAUCGCCUCUUCCUCCACCUCCACCAGAGAUAUCGGGAGGAGACGACUUUCUCCUCAAAGAUGCGCUCGUUCCAACUCAGAGUGAAGCGGCGGAGCAGUUUUACAGCAGUGAGGCGUAUGCAGCAAGCAUACCGUCAGUCGAUGGGUUUGAGUAUCAAGAGGCGAUUUCUCCUGUACCAACCGAAACAGGAGACAACGGCCAGAGUUUGGACGUAGCCAGCAGCAUAGGAGAAAUUCCCUAUGAAGGUCAUGACCCCAACGGCUUCAUCAGCAACGCCUACAGUGAAAACAACAUGAAUGAAGGCAGCGCUGCCGUCAGCCCGGCUCCCUACGACACAAACGAAUACAGCAGCAACGAAUACACCGGCUACAACGGGAACGGAAGUACCGUAAGCGGCUGCAAUGAAAACGGCAGCACUGUCAGCGGCUACAAUGGGAACACUGAUUACAAUGGGAGCACUGGCUACAACGGGAACGGCUACAAUGGGAACACUGGUUACAAUGGGAAUGGCUACAAUGGGAAUGAGAACAAUGGCGACCAGUUUGUCAGGAGACGAUUACUUCCUGCCAUACCGAAAGGUCGGAAACCUGCGUUUAACUUCCAGUGUCUGAAGCCUCAGUCCAGCGCUGACGACCUGCCCGUCCCUGGAAGCUACCGGGGGAACACAUCUCCGUCCAGAUCCCGCCUGCAGAACCAGCAGAGCCUGGACUCCCGGCCCAGCAGCGUGUCCUCCAUGUUGUCCGCCUCCUGGGCCAAUGCGGCGGCGGCCGGAGCCACGCCCCUUCCAGGAACAAUCGCCCCCAGCGCGCGCCGCGGCAAGCUCAUCUACACGCCCAUGAUCCUGGUGGACGAAGAAAGCGGCUCCAGUCAGCCGCUCUGGUGCGACGGCUCUGCCAGUCUUCCUGCAGGGAAGCGACCGGGCUGGUACCCGGGUCAGACCAGAACCUUCACCAGCGUCAGGAUGCCGCCUGCGGCCAACCAGAGCAUCAUAGAUAAAGGCAGCGCAGACAGUCUGGUCGAAUCGAUCUUGUUCUCCGAGGGCCUCGGCAUGUACGCCAGGGAUCCAAAAUUCGUGAGCUUUGCCAAGCGGGAGAUUGCCGAAGCGUGUCACAUGAGUCUGGACGAGAUGGAGAGCGCGGCUGCGGACCUGAUAGCGCGGGGAGCCAGUCACCUGACCCGCUUCGAGGACGAACUCGCCGACGAAAUGAACUGCGUGAUUUCUUACUGAGAUCAGCCAAGCCAAAAACAAAAAGAAAAACAGUAAGAACAUGAAGUCUUGAGCCAAUAUUUUAUAAGAGUGUGUUUAUAUGUCAGUUAUUUAAAGCAAGUAUCGAGUGUGAGCGGAGGUUUUUGUAGUUUUUAAACAUCCCGUUGGGUAUGAAAUGCUUUUGUUUGUGAAUGC